AAAUAUUUGACCCAUCCGUCGAAAAAUGUGCUUCUAAGACUGCACCACUGUGACCGGACAUUACCAUUACAUUUUCACAUUCGCCAUAUACAUUCCAAAUAUCUGCAAUGCAAAGAGGACACAAUUGGUUAUUUAUUUGAAAUUAUCAUCAACAAACACCCUACACUACGAUCGAUAUAUCGGCAGUGAAUUACCAAAGAGAGUUACCAGACUGUUCAGUUAAAGUUCCUAUGAAUGAAAGGACGCAUAAACAAAUCUGUUCGGAACUCUUGUCUAAGUGUCAUCGCUCAUCUUUUUCUUAUACAAAAGGUUAAAGAGUUGAAAAGUUUAUAUGUGUGAGUUUCCAUGCUAAUUCUUUCCAUUUUAGUAGUUGUGACCAUCUAGGCCACAAACCUUCGAUGCCCUCCCAUUAAGCAAGUUCGAAAUCUGCACAGAUAUCAUAAUAAUUCUAAAGGGCGUCAUAGCAACCGUUAUUUGGCCUUAAUUUAUUUACCGUUAGUUAAUAAAAGAACAUUAAUUGCAAAGUGCUGUUAGGAAAAGAGAUAGGAAAGAUUAUAAACAAAAGCUAAGGUUAAUCGAGAGAGCAUAAUGGAUUCGAGCUUUGUUAGUCAAAUGUCCUGCAUCUGUGUUGGACCGAAGCGUGCUGGUAAAACACACCUAUUAAAGGCUCUAGAGAAUCCGGACUCUAUUGAUGAGACGACUUAUUCAAUGCCAACAAAUGGCACAAAUAUUUUCACAAUCAAUCUUUCAACAAAACUUUUGAAUUCUUCAAACCCAAAUGAGAAAAAGCAAAAUAAUGGCAAGGAUGACCCCGGCGCAACGGAGGUGAAACGUAAAAAACCGAAGGCACCAUUGAAAUGUAUACGCGUUUUGGAAAUUGGUGGUGCAAUGGCACCGCUCUGGCGACAAUACUACGAAAAAGUAUCGAAAAUAAUUUACGUCGUCGACACUUCAAAUCUUUGUCAAAUCUCUGCAGCAGGGGUUCUACUAUAUUCCAUAUUGGCCGAGCCUCGAUUGCAGCGCUGUCGUAUUUUGCUGGUGUUGGCUAAGAUGGAUUAUGCCUACCGUCAGAUGCGCAACGAAGCUUUACUUAUGCUACAAAUAUCUAAGCUCCAAAAGGAAAUUAGACAGGAGUUAACUAUUGUGGAAGCCAGCGCAGUUAGCCAAGUGGGCUUGGAAGCCAUACAUGCCUGGCUGCAGAUCCCUUAGACAUUUCGAAAGGAAUUUCGAUACUCCAUAAUUAUUUUAUUUAUUUCAAUAAAUAUUAUUUACAUCACAUA